GCACCUGAACUGACAACCACCUCCGCAUCCCACGGCGACACCUUCCUCCUACUGAUCUGACAUCUGCUAAUGCUUGCGGACAAAUCCGUGGCUCCGCAUUAUUCCUCGGUUCGCCACCCUUUGCCCUCCUGCUCAGACAAACCUCUGGCAGCUGCAUUCGUUCGCUGAUGUGAUGUGAUCCGUUUCGCUAGUUUCGCUAGUUUCGCUACGUGUUUCGCGCAUCUGGCGCUGCCCAAAUUGGAGUGAUCCCCUUAGGAGGAAUCCGCACCGCAAUGGCGGAUGAGAUUUCAGCCAACGGUUUCGCGCAAGACCGCGCGGAGCCGUCUCUGGAAGACGACGGAUCGGCAUCUCUGCUGUCGCCGACGUCAGGAGCGGCUCGUCCCACGAACCUGGCCUCCUUAUUCGGCGACGAUAAAGACCCGCAGCCCAUGUGGCUGGACAAGUCCGCGUUCCUGGACCCGUCGUUCGACCCCGACGCGUACAUCGCGACAGUGCGGCGGAUAGCGCCCCUGGAGUCAGUGCGCGCCGAGCUGCGGGAGCACCUGGCGGCGCUCAAGAGCGAGCUGGUGGAGCUCAUCAACCGUGACUAUAACGACUUCGUCAACCUCUCCACCAAGCUUGUGGACGUCGACGGGGCAGUGCUGCGCAUGCGAGUGCCCCUCACGGAGCUGCGGGCGCAGCUGCUGGCGGUGCGCGGCAGCGUGGCAGUGGCACCAGCAGCACUAGAGGACGGCCUGCGGCGCAGGGCGGAGGCGGCCACAGCGCGGCAGAUCCUGGAGCUGUUACUGGACACGUCCAACGUGCUCUCCAAGGUCGAGAAGCUCCUGCUCGAGCUGCACGCCAUGCCCGACGCCCCCCCACCCUCCGCCUCCGCCUCCACCUCUGCCCAACCCUCCGCUUCCGCAUCUCCAGCCAAGCGGCCCGCUUCGUCUGGAUCCGCUUCUGCUUCUGCUUUGGCAGGGGCGGCGGUGGCGGGGAAUGGGGUGGUGAAGGGUGGAGGGGGUGAGGGGAGUGCGGGGGAGGAGGGGGGGGAUGCGGGGGCGGGGACAGGGGCGGGGACAGGGAGGGAUGCGGAGCGGGAGCUGGAGGAGGCUCGGAGCCGGUUGCUGGAGCGGAUUGCGAGUGAGAUGAACCGACUCAACUUCUACGUAGCCAAGGGGAAGGACCUGCCAUUCGUGCGGUCAGUGGAGGGGCGCAUCCGCCAGGCCAGCAGCACGCUCGCGUCGCACCUCCGGCGGUGCCUGGAGCGCGGACUGCACCAGCGGUGGCGCCGCGUGGUGUACCACUGCCUGCGCGCCUUCGCCUCGCUGGACGCCGCCGCCGACGCCGAGGAGCUCUUCCGCCGUGCCGUCAUCGCCCCCCUCGUCGCACAGGCGCUGGCAGCAGGAGCAGGGGGAAAAGGGGGAGCAGCAGCAGCAGCAGCAGCGGCGGGGCAGUAUCAGGAGAACACGCCAUUGUCGCCGAAAUCCCCCUCGUCACCCACCUCCUCCUCCUCCUCCUCCUCUUCCUCCGCUGCCACUGCCUCAGGCGACCUUCUCCAAGAGGUGUACGAGCGGAUCCGGCAGGCGGUAUCUGAGGUGUGCGGGUUCGUGCUGGACAUCGUGGCGGCGGCGGACGCCGGGCUGCACGUGUUCCAGUUCCUGGCUGCCAGUGUUCUCAAGGAGGUGUCGCUCGCGCUGCACCGCUCGCACGCUGCCGCAUUCUCGCCCGGAAGGCCUGCGCAGUUUCUGCUCAACUACAAGGCGUCGCUCGACUUCCUCGCGUUUUUGGAAGGGUUCUGCACGAGUCGUGAAGCUCUGGCCUCCUUCCGCUCCCAUCCCUGCUACACCGAUUUCCUCAAGGGCUGGAACCUUGCUGUCUACUAUGCGUCCCGAUUCCGUGAGAUUGCUGGGCUUCUAGACGACGCGCUGGUCCCGCCUGCCGCCAGCUCAGCAGCAGCGGCAGCACGUGUGGCGGUGCAGCGAGCAGUGGCGCCGGGCGUGGGGCUGGCGCUGCAGGCGUCGGUGGUGCUGUGGGAGGCGCUGCAGCGCUGCUGGCACCCGGCCGUCUUCAUCCCGUGCAUUGCCGACAAGUUCCUGCGCCUCACCCUGCAGCUCCUCGCACGGUUCAGCAAGUGGGUGACGGCGGGCGUGGCAGCGAGGAGAGCCGGGACAGCAGCAGACAGCCCGGGAGGCGAGUGGGGGCUGGCUGCCACACCAGAGGACCUGGCGCUGGUGUGGCAUGACCUAUUGGUACUAUCGUCCAACAUCAGAGCAGCCUAUGUGGGCGAGCUGGUGCAGCAGCUGGGGCCGGGGGUGGCAGGGGAGGUGCGGGCAGCAGUGAGGGGCGAGGUGGAGAGUGCAGCAGACGGGCUGCAUGCGCUCACGGCUCAUGUAGCGGCGCUACUCUCAGACAUCACUGCUGACCGCUGCAUCGAGGUCCUACGGCCCGUGCGAGCCAUAGCAGCCAUGUAUCGCGUGCCCAGUCGCCCUCCUCCCACCCGCCACUCCCACUAUGUGCCAGGAGUUCUUCAACCCCUCAAGGUGGUGCUGGAGGGAGACAAGCAGCGUGCAGCAGCAGCAGCAGCAGCAGGGGAGGAGGUUUGGAGUGAGGAAAUGAGGGCAGUGGUGGUGGCUCAAGUGGUGGAGAGGGUAACUCAAAAGUUUGACGAGCUCGCAAAGGAGGUCGUUGCCACGGCGCGGCGCACGGAGUCUUCUCUGAAGCUGCUGCAGCAGCGGUCCAUGAAGCGGCCGCCGGGAGCAGCGGAUGCGGGGGGGGCGUCAGGCAUGUCGGACACGGAUAAGAUCAUCGGGCAGCUCUUCCUUGACGUGCAGGAGUAUGGUAGAAUCAUUCGCACGUUUAGGCUGGAGCCAACAACAGUGGCGCCCUUUGCUUCGCUCUGGGCCAGCGUGGCACCAGCAGACCGGCAGGAAAUGAGCUUUUAGGGACUGGGAGGACGGGCAGGCAGGCACCCUCAGCAGAUGCUGGAAGCAUGAAUGACCCAAAUGUGGCUUACGAUACAAAUAUAUAUUACAAGUGCUCAAGUUUUGUCACUGUACGAAUCUCUAGUCUUCCCACAAUCAAUGUAUUGUAUUACGAACGGUCCUACUCUCAUAGAACUGG